AUGUAUAAUAAUGGGUAUUUUGUACUUUAUACAAACUGUAUAAUAGUAUUGUUGAUUUUCUUACUCCUAUUAUAUUCUGUAACCCUGGAAUCUAAUGUUAAAUUGGACUUCCCGCCACUGAUUUACAAUCAAAUGAAAAAUAUUAGACUUAACAUAGUUAAUAACAUCAGAAACUGCAUAAAGAAUAACAAUUACAUCGGUUUUAGUUCAUUUGAUUCUAAUCUUUUCGGAUUAUGUGCUCAAGCGUACAAAUUAAAUACACAUAAACCGUUUGAACACUGGUUAUAUAAUACACACACAAACAAGGGCAUUAGACACAAAUCAAUUUUAAACAUGAAGAAAACAGACCCACAUUCAGAUCAAUCUAAAAUAACUUUGGAUUUGGAAGUGUAUCGCAACGAAAAUGAAAAGGCAGGUCGAGUGACCUUGAACAUAACGGGCUCGGAGAAGAAGCUGUUCGACCUUCUGACCGAAUGUGUAAAGUUUUACGAGUUGGAUAUGGACCUCAGAGUAGUGGGAGGAUGGGUUCGCGAUAAGCUGUUGAAAAACGAAAACAAGGAUAUCGACGUAGCAAUACCGAAGAUGACGGGAAUGGAGUUCUGCGAAUACCUGAACAAGUUCACCAAGGACAAUUACGGCUUCUCAAAGACAGUGGGAAUCGUGAAGAGGUGCCCGGAGCAGUCGAAGCACCUGGAAACCGCAACGAUGAGCGUGUUGGGAUUCGACGUGGACUUCGUUAACCUGAGGUCGGAGGACUACGCAGCAGACAGCAGAAUCCCAGUGAUGAGGAUAGGCACGCCCUACGAGGACUGCAUGAGAAGGGACUUUACAGUGAACGCGCUCUUUUACAACAUCACGAAAAACUACAUCGAGGACUUCACGACCAAGGGGAUCGAGGACCUGAACCAGAGCCUGAUAAGAACGUGCUCAGAGCCGUUUGAAACGUUCAUGGACGACCCCCUGAGGACGAUCAGAGCAGUGCGCUUUAGCUCGCGCCUAAACUUUAAGCUGGAUUCGGACCUGGUGAAGUCAAUCAAUGACGAAGUGUUAGAAGCACUGGAGCAUAAGGUGUCCAGAUCGAGAAUAUCGCAGGAAAUCGACAACAUUCUGUCUAAAAGUGACAUUCACGAAGCAUUCAAGCAGAUGUACACUUUCAGAAUGCUGCACGUCCUGUUGAACGUCCCGGUGAGGGGAGAGGAGCGGGUGGAUAAAGUUAGCGGAGUCUCAGAAGGAAUGCUAUCCGAAGCCCUUUCGCUGAUGGACCACGUCAAGAAGCGCAACUUCGAGGACGUGGAGCACAAGUACUUGUACCUAGCGGCUUUAGUGGUACCAACAAGAGAACUUGGGCCUGUUGGAAAGAUGACUGUGGCCGACUACCUCAUUAAGGAGAGGCUAAAGCUGCCAAAUAAGUACUCAUCGAGUGCAAAUACAAUCUCAAACGGAUCUCUCGUGUUCACUGAUUACUUAAACUGCUCUGAAAGGGACCGUGUAUCCACGGGGUUGGCCAUCAGGACAGUGGGACCUCUGUGGAAGGAAUCACUGGCAAUGAGCGUGACAGAGACAAAUAGAGUAGAUUACAAGGAGUUCGAAGAAGUCGUGAGCCUUGCGAAGGAACAUGGCAUAGAGGAGGCGUACAACUUCAAGGCGCCGGUGACCGGCAGUGAGCUUACGGAACUGCUGCCGAAGAUAACUUCGGGGCCCAAGUUUAAGGCGGCGCUUGAGUUCCAGGUGAAACUGAUGCUCCAAAACGAAAACGUUACAAAGGACGAGUUGAAAGAGCGACUUAAAUCGGAGUUCAGGGAAUUACUAUGA